AUGGAGUGUGAUAUUCUGGACUCUUUGGAGCAACUUGGCUAUGACGGUCCUCUGACCGAGGAGGGGGCGUUGCUCGAAGCCGCGCGGGGUGGCCUGUCGUCGGUGCAGUAUGUGGGCUUGUGCCGGUGGUUGGUGUCCCGUUUAAAGCCGCUGUGUGACCUGGAGGAGAAUAUCACUACCGGUUCUGAUGACUUGGAAAGCUUGGAGGUGGACAUGAGGGGCUUGCUGAAGGAGCUUUGCUGCCCUUAUGACGCGUCUGCAAUACGGAACGGAAACGCUAAAGACUACCUCAAAUUUAUCUUGUUUUUAAGCUCUGAGCUUCAGGCGGCACAGAUUAUCAUUAGCGGACGACAUGACAUUCGGGGACAGAAUGGGUGUCCGGCAUCUCGGGAUCUGCGGGAAAUCUGCCAGACCUUGAGCAUGUCAAACUGUAAGGGACAGGAUGCAGUGGAUGUCCUCUCUCUCAUUCAAAACAAGGUGUACACGCUUGUUGAAAAGUGCCCUGAUGUUACAGAAGGAAAACCUGCUAUGAAGAAAGCUCUCAGCAGUGAACAGUGGGAGACGUUACGCAGCGUUAACGCCACCAUGUCUGCAGAGUACGAGUGUCGUCGCAGGAUGCUCAUCAAGCGUCUGGAUGUCACCGUUCAGUCUUUCGGGUGGUCUGACAGGGCCAAGGCGAAGGUGGAUAGCAUGGCUCGGGCCUACCAGCCUAAGCGACAUGUGUUGAGGGCCGAGACCACAGUUGACGCCGCUGCUCUGCUGGCCGCCAGAGAGGACAUCUUUAACGUGGUUAAGACCAGCAGCGGCGCCAGCAGGGUGAACACCGCAUGCGCCGUCAACAAGGUCCAAAUGGGAAGAGUUCCUGACCGAGGCGGGCGCCCCUCAGAGAUAGAAGCACCGCCCCCUGAGAUGCCCCCCUGGCAAAAAAGGCAAGAUGGCGGCAGCAACUGGGGAGGUCAUGGGCAAGGAAGAGGUGGAUGGCAAGAGAGUCGGGGUGACAGAUGGGUGGGCGGAGGAGGCGGCGGUGGAUGGUGGGGAGGGGGAGGAGGAGGAGAUUGGCAUGGUGGGACACGCAACCAUGGUGGCAAGCGAGGACGGUACCAGUAUUGA